AUGGAGGAUGUACUGAACAGUAACGCCGCGGCUAACGUCUACGGCAAGAUGGAUGAGUCUGGCAAAUGGCACGCACUCUUUGGGCCAAAAGACAGAAAGCUGUCGCCCUCUGCAUUGAGCAACGAAGAACCCAUCACGUACGACGUGUACAUUGACAGUCUUCACUGCGAGCCACCAGGGAUGCAGGAUCUUCCCAAGAAGGAGCGGAGUGCGGUGUGGAAAGGCGUGACUGACCAGCGUAAAGCUGCAACGCAAAAGUUCACCUUUCCGGGUGAGGUGAAGAGUACGCUUCGCUUGUGGAGGAGCAACGGCGGUGCCUCACCGCACAGGCUGACCCUCUCAAGUAUUACUGACUUGAAGGAUGUUCUGUUGGAGUGGCAACAGUUCGUGCAGGGCGAACACGCUUGCAAGCCUCGAGGUCCCUUCCUGCAACGCCUGCGGGAGAGCCGCACCACCCCAUUGACCGGGUGCAUGUACCGUGACAGGGAACGUCUCUUUUUUUGCCGCGGCCCCUGUGUGUCAGCUUACACGUUGGAAUCCACAGUUCUCAGUGAGGUGCACGGCGCAAGUGCUGACGUCAUUCGCAAGGAGCUCUCCCGGAUGCCUGGAUUCAACACCGUCCACGCCACGAGCUUUGCAACCUUGGAUAACGAUCUCGAACAGUACUUUGCUGGAUCUGGACACGUUGGUGGCGUGGUUGACUUUUACCCCUCGUGGGCACAAGCCGCUGAGCGGCGCAUUGGCGGCAAAGUGUUUCCAAUCUCCACGGAGGACGAUCGAUUCCACGUGUUCUUUGACGACAACAUCGCACUAGGUGACGAGCAUUCUAUCGUGGACGUCCGCGACGCGAAAACCGGGGAGAGCGUCUUGGGCGUUGCGCGAGAGGAACCGUUCUGUGUGCCCGUCAACGCAUACCGGGCCAUUACGGAUGAAAACUACUUUGUGGAAGCGUUGGCUCACUGUUUGGAGUUACAAUGCGCUUUGCCAAAAAAAUGA